AUGGCGGAUAAGCGCGCUUCUUUCAAAACUCUUAAGGAGUGUUUUCAGUUCCUGGAGUGGUUGAGUAAACAUAGUACUAUGCAAAGCCAGGUGGCCAAAGAACUGGCUGCGCUUCUUAAAAGCUUCUAUCAUAAUGCUGAUCAAAAACAAAUCAUACCAGCAUUGUCCCGAUUCCUUGGUCACGUUUCUACGUUUUAUAAGAAAUUAUGUAAAUCCGCGGGUGGCGUCUACCAUGGUAGCAAAGGCCCUAAAGAUUUAACCGAAGCGCUCCUCGACUGCAUUCCUAAGUUCCUGACCGCGAUGUACCAUUUAUGGUACAAGGUGGAUAAAUGGUUCGAUGCAGUGGGAGGAGGGAAGUGGAAGUAUAAUAUCCCCGGAGUGGAUGGGUGGAGGUGGUGGGUGCUUAGCUACGGUGAUUGGGGGGGUGGGCUGCAGAAAUAUCUCACAUCGUCCGACUCCACGAAAUACGGUGUGAUGCCCGGCGGCUUCGAUGUAAAAGAUCUUAAAGAGGGAUGGAACUACUCUUCUCACGAGGGUUAUUACUAUGCGGAAUAUAUGGCAGAAGACAUUAAAAAGAUUUUGAGGAAAUAUCAUGAUAUGCAUAAUUUCUUCCGUGACGUGUUCGUCACUUCCGUUAUUGCCCCCACCGGCUUGGACCCGGUGAAUACUGCGAACGCUGUUGGAUUGGUGGGCGUGUUUUGCGAGAUUGUGAAUGCAGAAAGGGAGACAGUGAAUGGAGGACAGUUAAUACAAAAAUUAAAUGAAGACUUGAAAAAACAACCAGAAUAUAGAGGCAGACUCAUAGAUUGGGCUCAAUUACGAGACCAUUGUUCUAAGCUUAAAAAAACCCUAAUAGAUAAUCUUUUCGCCCGCAAAGGUUUUAAUCAUACAGGUCGAUCUCCGGAAAUUAAGAACCUCAAUCAGACGGAAUUCGCAAAAAAGACGGCGCAGUGGUUCAGGAGUGAUUUGUUGAAAGUGCGGCAUAAAUUGAGGCAAAGUAAGCGUCUAAACUACGCUUCCAGUGAGGUUCCGCUUAACUUUUUCGCCACCACAUUUCUUUUUCCUCACGGAUUCAUAUUUGGUAAAGGACGAUAUGGGACGCUGGGAGACGAUCGUGAUGCUUUGAAGAAGGACUGGCCUGAUAUCAUUAGAGAACUUGAGAAAGACGGCACCGGCCUGAAAAGGCUAGUAAGAAUUUUGAAAGGCGAGACGUCUCAAACGCAAGGCCCCGGAGGGUCUUCUGUCGCAGAUGAAGAUGAAUCAGAAGACGACGAUUCAGACAAGUCCAGUGUUGCGCCUUCUGGUCCAGGGUCUGAGCCAGCACCUAUGCCUCCACCCGUGCCUUCUAGGCCUUCAUCAUCAGGCACGCCCGGUGCUGGCGGCCAUGCAGGGCGUGGGCAGGGCCGUGGCCGGGGGUUUCGCGGGCGGCGGCGUGGUGGUAGAGGAAGAGGAGGUGGAGGGGGAAGAUACACGAUAGUGAGAGGUGUAAAAAUGGUCCGUAAAGCUGGAAAGGGUCCGGGCCGUUCUUCCGAACCCCAGCCAUCUCCUGGCUCAGGGUCGCCGGGGGAUAGUCAGACUUCAGCUUCGCCAGGUGAGCCAGUGAUUGAUACUAAACAAAAUACCGAUAACCCUGAUGACGAGGUAGAUUUAGAUUUGGAAGAGUUAGAGGAAGAUGAAGAAACGCAAGAGUUUUAUGGUCCAGAGCCCCUACCUCCCAAGGAAGUUGUGCCGGAAAAGAAAGUUCCGGUUGUGCCGCCUAAAAAGCCUGAGGUGCCGCCAGCAAAGGUUCUUGAAGUACCCAAGGAGGUGGUGCCCGAGAGGAAAGUUGCUGUUCCAAAAAAACCCGAGGUGCCGCCUGCCAAAACUGACAGCGCAAGGCCCGUUGCCACCAAAACUGAGGCCACUAAACCUGUGGCCACUAAAGUCGAAGCAACCAAAACUGAGGCUACAAAACCCGUGGUCCCUAAAAGUGAAGGAACUCCCAACCAAGGCAAGAAAUCUGAGGGAGCGCAGAACCAGGGGAAGAAAGCUGAGGGAUCGUCAAGUCAGAAUAAUGGUCAAAGUGAAGGAAGUCCUCCAACUCCAAAAGUUGUAAAGGCUGUUCACACUCAGUCUCCCGGUGCUCCAGGAGGUCAAGGACAGCCAGGACCUAAAAGUCCAGUAUCCACGGUAUCAUCACCGCCUACAGUUCGAACAGUUCAGCAAACUGUUCAGUCUCAGCAGAAUACUAAUAUAACUCCGCCAGUUCCUCCCCCUCCACCGGCUGCUCCCCCCAGUACUCCUGCAGCCCCUAGCUCCGCUGGUCAGCCAGGUGUCGGGGGUCAGGGUUCAGCGGGCGGUGAUGCUCUAGGUUCACAGCCUACUCUCUCCCAAGGCAAGGGACCUGCUCAGCCUCCGAGUGCUUCAGGGUCAGACACUGGGCAAACUAGUGUCCAGGGGACCGAGAAAGUUGGUAGUGGAGGGGCCGAGCAAGACGCUACUCAACUAACAAGUCAACCCUCCGAUCACAAUGCAAGCAGCGGCGUUACUACAUCGGCUGACCCAGUGUCUGGUGGAGGUGAUCAAGAUGACAAGAAGAAAAAACCGUGCGCCGAUGGAUAUACAAUCAUGAGUCUUGGUAUACCGAGCGGUAGAUUCUGUGUCCUAACUGCAGACCUCAAAAGGCAUGACGAAAUUAAUAAGAAGUGGUACGAUAAGAUGAAACAUGCUCAAGAAGCUGCCGAUGCACGCAAAAAGCAGGAGGAAGAAGAAAAGAAGCAGAAAGAAGCGGAAGAACGUCGGAGACAAGAGAAAGCAGAAGAACGCAAACGACAGAAAUCAUUUGAAGCCCAGCACCGGCUUAUCUCGAAUAUCCCCUCCUCUUACCAUCCAUCGCAUUUCCCAACUGAUCCUAGAACCUCCGGCGCCGCUUCUCAACCAGGCGCCUCAGGUGUCGACUCACCGGACCAUGAUUCUGGCAAAAAGACCGGUGCGUCUCUAAACACUGCUCAUGCUCCAGGUAAAGGUCUUCCAGGCCCGGACCCUUCGUCAACUAGCGUGCAUUCUGCCAGUGGUGAUCCGGGUGGUUCAGGCACAAUCGGCGUGUCGCCUUCUGAGCCUCCAGAUGCAGCACUUAGAAAAGAUACCACAAUUUCGCUUCAACCGAGCGCUGCCCUUGAACUCCGUGGAAAUCGUCUUCAUCAAGGGCCAACUCAUCCAUCUGCUGCUCCUCUAUCCCCAGGCUUACCCGCCGCGCAUGAUGUCAAGGAUCAGGUUUCACGAAGCGUUGAUUCUUCUAAUCAACUGAGUGAUAGCUCUGCAGGUCGUGCGCAACAUCCAGGUGUAGGUGUUACGAGUCCCGAUUCUCGGUUAUCUGAUGACACUACUCACUAUGCGGUUCUGAGCAUGACUGAAAAGCUGCCGCCUUCCGAAUCUGGUCCCAACACUGCUAAAGUCUCUCCGGGCGGCAAAGAGACCAACAGUGACAGCGCUAUCACGACGCCCACUGACUCGGCUUCUGCUGAAGAUGUAGGUGGGUCUACAGGUGGGGGUGGGACAAGCAGUGAUGAUAAUUCGGAGAAUGGGGACCAUAAAGAUGAAGCUCAACCAGGUGUUCAACGCUCGACGACCAAUACAGGUGGGACCGACAAUGCGUCAUCCACUCCGCAGUUACCUGCUUCAGUUGAUGAUCUGAGUAGGGCCGGGCUGAAGAAUUCUCUCGCCCAUGACGUAAGACAUCCUCCGAUCAUCCUUACCGCCUCAGGUCCCGACGCAAGCGUUAGUGCUAAGAGGCCUACUGCGAAAGACGCUCUGCCGGAUGACAGCGUAGCUGAUGGAGGGGAGGGGGCGACGGAAGGGGAGCCUGAUAGUAAUUCACAGGACAGUCAUUCUACAGGUGAAAAGCGUGAUUUCUCUUCAAACAUUUUAAGAUCCCCUGGGCUUGUGCUUUCACCUUCAGACCCUCUCUUAACUUUCGGCUCUGGCCGGCGACAAAUUCCAGGUUCAACUUCACCUGGCAAGAGUGGCUCUGCUUCAAACCCUGGUGCCCCUCCCUCCGCUGAAGGUACUCAGGUUUCAACAAUUCCGAAGCCAGACUCUCCAUCAUCUAGUGCCAGUGGCAUCAGCAGAGGAAAUGUAGAUGGUGAUAGUUUGCGUGAGCCUACAAGCCCGCAUGGAAAAGAUCCUGCCAAAGGAGCUGCUACACCCUCUGAUACUGAGAAUAAGGAUUCCCAUUCUCCAACUCGAAAAGACCAUCAUGGCCGAGUGACUUCUGGUGACACUAUAUGGGAACGUGGUCGACCAUUAACUCAUGGUAAAGCGACCGACCCUACGAUGUGGCGUAUUCUUAAUAUGGAACAAGAUCGGGAUCAAGCCGGUGGAUCGGAUGAGAAGGGGGUUAAAGAUUCUCUACUGCCCAUUCCGGCUGCUCCACCUCCUAAUGUAGUCCGGCCAUCUGAUGUUGCUGCUAAUGCUAGGAAUUCUAAUUCUCAAAAUGUGAACGUUCGCGACCCUAUGGAAGUGACCUCUCACCGACGCACGCAUGGCCCUUUUUCCACAGCUCUUUCCCCCAGUUCUCUUAGACCCACUGGUCCCUCUGGUAAACCGAAUAACCACAAUUCCGAUCAACAGGGUGGUGUCAAAAAUGGACCACAAGCCGGUAGAUCAAUAAGUGUUGCACGUAGCCGGUCUACAAGUGUUGGAAGUCACAGCUCACACCCAUCUGGUGAUCAUGGGAUGGGGAACCGUACGUUACCUUCCACUACUAGACAAAGUACACGCGCCCAGCAGUUUGGUAGAAUCGGUAGUCGGCCUGAUGAUUCUGUUCUCCAGUCUAGUGAGGAAGAGGACGAAGUCUCGCCGGGGCCUUCCCCUCCAAGAUCUCUCUCCAGCCCUGCUGGAGGUUCCGUUCUUUCUGGCAAGACAGGUGCCCAAGGUCCGGAUUCGCAUGGAAGUGACUCUACAGGUUUACAGCCUAUCAGUCCUCCUAAAGUUCUGCAAACUCACUCCUCGGAUGAUUCAAGCACAGGCCAUCUGUCAUCUGGCAGCAAAGGUCCCGUAAGUGGUGUGAAACCGGCGGCACACAGGCCUUCCAACACUGCUCAUCAAAUUGACCGAGACAACCAUACCGGUCAAGGACUCGAUAAAUCGGUGUGGGAUAUAUUGGCCCCUACCCAUGAUUACGAUAAAGUCAGUGGAGGGGAUGGGGAGGCAACGGGGGGGAAGGUUCCUGGUGUAAUCUCUCACAUACGUCAACAACAACCUCAAACUGCAGAUCUUGUGAGCCAGGGUGUCAACGGAGACCAAGGUUCGAGUAUGCUCCCCAGUCAACUACCACCAGGUUCCGGUGCUCUGCCAAGUGGCAAGGUUCGACGGCCAACACCUGUCAGCCCUUCAGACUCUACGCAUCUUCCAAUGUCAAGCGUUUUAGGUCCAGGCUCUGUAACAUCUGUUGUCAAUAAAUCCGGUGGUGAUCCAGGGCUGGUUGGCCACCCGGUUGCAGAUCAAAUGCAUGAGCAGGGCCAAUUUCGGAUAUUAAACAACAAGGGUGACGUGACGAAGCAAUGGCAAAACGCGCGGAAUAACAUUAGUACCUUAUCAACUGGAACAUCUGCGGCUGGUGCCAGAGGCCUACCGCAAUCCACGUUUCCCCAAGUCUUCGCAUCUUAUGGUAUUCCAACAGGUUACCGUAUCAAGCUGCAAAAGACUGGACUGAAACCACCAAAAUAUACAAUGAAAGCCAUGCCUUCUACACAUAUCCCGGACAUUACAGCUGGACACAUUCCGAAUCCUAAUCGAAAUUCUCGCAUGCCUCCACCUCCCAUAGGCAUUAGAGUUAGGGAUUUAAAUUCAAGGGAUAGUAUAUUGGACUCUGAUAUUACUCGCCAACACCAAUUUCCUGCAGUAGAAAACAUGCCAGUUCCAAUACCGGGUAUUACUUACUCGCCUCCACCUCAUCCUUCCAUGGACCGUGGCGGAAAUCUAAAGGAUCCCACCACCUGGGGAAAUUCUAGAUAUUACGAGUAUAUAAUUGACGUAAAUGAGGACAUGUGCAAUAAUCCUUGGAAUUACGUUGAUGAAUCUGAUACCCUGUCUGCCCUGCCCCCGCCCCCAAACACCGACCAUCUUCCCCCGCCCACCACUGUCCGGGGAAUGUUGUACUGGCUGCUUGGCCUUGUCGAAUUGGGGUAUAUUGUGAGAAUUAAGGAGCAUGUUAAGGUCAUAGUGGAGGAUAUUAACAAGGAUGCAAGUGGUUCCUCUCCGCCUUCAUCUACCCUCGAUCUAACUAGGGAAGCUCACACGCUGGACGCUUCCCAUGUCUCCCAGGCCCUGAUAGAGACGUGCCUAUACGCGGCCAACGUCAUCUACGAAAUCAAACAUUACAAUGACUACAAUGCUCUUACAAGUUUGAAGUUCGACUCACAAUAUAGUCAGCUUUAUUAUUCCUCCGACUCCGGUUGCCUGGUCUGCCAGCUGAAAGAUUACGUCUACGCCUGCCACCACCAGUUGACUCUGUUGAAGUCGCAAUGUUCUCGGAAUGAAUCCGAAGGUGGGUGGCAGGAAUGUCAGUACGGCCACAAGGUCCACGAUUCCCCUCUCCAGGACUUCCUGACUGACGCCCCCACCUCCAAGUUCGAGACUCACCCCUUCGACCCGUACAAUCUGUGUCUCAAGAGCCAUGUCAAGAUGGGGUUCGGCGACAAGGAAUUGCCUGAGAAAUCACAACCGGGAAGUACCCUUUACGGUAUCCUGUCUCCAAUCUGCGGCGUCGAAGACCCCCUUCUGAAAUUGUCCUCUUACCUCAACUGCAUCACCAAGCGGACGCCGCGCACCACCGGGGAGCUUGUGUCUUUCUUCCACAAUUUCGGGAAUUCACUGCACGACAAAUCUUCAAGGUGGUCUAUGCUUGGUAUUUCACUGGCCAAACAGCAUGACAACUGCCCCGAGUGGGACCAUCUUGCUGCCGCCAAACUCCAAGCCAUCGAGGACGCCCGGGGUUCCGCCCCUUCCAGCUCCAACCACCAAGACCAAGAUCAUGCCAACACCCUGUCCGCACUAAUUGGGUGCGGCAUCGAUAACUCCAAGUGCCCACGACUCAUGAAACCUAUCACCUACGGAGCCUAUGCCCUCUACUCUCCGAUCUUCGUCCACGACUACCUCGGCUGGACGGUCUACCUGGCAGACAGACUGUGGGAGUCAUUGCUCAGGCUUCACUAUGAUCUCAAGAUCCUUCAGUGCCACGACUCCAAGUCCAAGUCCCUCCACCAGUGUGAGAAGGCCCUGCUCCUCCUCUACUCUCACGGGUUCACGCCGCCAGACGGGACACUGCAGUCCUCACUCAACUGUUCUAAGAUCAUCGCCAAGCUGAAGGAAUUGGUCGCCGGAAAGCCUAUCGCAACGCUUAUGACCUGCAUGGACAAUUUCCUGUACAAGAUCAGGAAGCCCUUCCUCUACACUCUAUUCACAGUGUGGUCAAUCGCAAUGCUUUUCUUCGCCCACACUAUGCUCUACCGCCUGGAUGUCCUGGCCUCACACCUCAUCGACGUCAAGGCGCUGCUCGCCGGAAGCCGCAGGAUGCUCUCGCUCUACCGUGAUAUCGACUACUUCGACGACGAUGCUGUUGCCCAACUUAUCGUGUCACAGUAA